AUGGCAGAGACAACAACCCAGAACAAGCCCGACAGGGAAGACGACAUCCGCGGCCGCGCAGGUGUCGCCCCCGUCAAGGCCGAGUACAUUAUCGAGCGUCCAGGUGGCGAGUCGUCGCGCGGUGCUCGCCAGGUCGACGAUGACGCCGCCGAGGGCCGCUCCGACGACCGUGGCGACUCGCGCAACAACAAGCGCCAAAAGACCAAGACGGGCUGGAAGGCCCGCCAGGCCGGCAAGGCCCGUCCCACCGGCGAGGCUGCCGUCCGCAUCUGCAAGGCCUGGGAGACGACUGGCGAGUGCUCCCGUGGCGACGCGUGCAAGUACGCCCACUCGUGGGCUGGUUACUUUGAGGUCAAGCCCAAGGACACGCACUACGAGGCCAAGGCCGGUUUCUUUGAGGAGGAGCCCUUUGUCCGCUCCACUGCGUCGCCACUGGUUGGUGGCGAGGACGUGAUCGGCAAGACGCUCGACCUCACCACCGAGUGCCCCGUGUAUGCCGAUCUGGGCUAUUGCCCGUUUGCAUGGCGCUGUCGCUACCUCGGUGGCCACAUCCGCAAGGUGACGGAGGCUGGGCCAGACUCUGUGACUCGUCUCGGCGAGUGGGAGCUCGCCACCAAGUCCGAGGCGACGGAGCCGGGAAACAAGCACAACGAGGUCAACUGGCCCUCGUCCGAGAUGCUCAGCCAGCUCAAGAACAACAAGUACGCCUGGCGCUUCUCCCCUGUCUACCUCCACCAUGUCGAGCCUGAGAAGCCGUUCGCUCUCGCCAUGCCCAAGGGCUCCUUCAAGAAGGGCAAGGGCGGCAAGGUGCAAGCCGUCCAGCUCAGCGAGGAGGACGCCAUGAACGGUGCCGAGGAGGCUGCGGCGAACGAGGAGGAGGAAGCUGCCAACGCCGAGCCCAAGGGCCUCGUCCCCGGCGAGGCUGAGGCCAUGGACGUCCCCCUCCGCCCCGAGGAGAAGCGCCGGCUCAACUGGGAGAACGGACUGUACCUCGCUCCCCUGACUACUGUUGGCAACCUGCCCUUCCGUCGCUUGUGUACCGACUACGGCGCGACCAUUACCGUCUCCGAGAUGGCGCUCGCCCAGCAGCUCGUCACCGGCCAGACUGAGGAGUGGGCGCUUGUCCGCCGUCACCAGAGCGAGAAGAUGUUUGGUGUCCAGCUCGCCGGCGGUUUCCCCAACCGUAUGGUCCCCGCGGCCGAGGUUAUUGCCCGCGAGCUCGGCCCCACCGGUGUCGACUUUGUGGACAUCAACAUGGGCUGCCCCAUCGACCUUCUCUUCAACCAGGGUGCCGGCAGUGCUCUUAUGGACAACGCGGGUCGUCUUGGCAGGAUUCUCAUUGGCAUGAACCGUGCUCUUGGAGAGAUUCCUCUGACUGUCAAAUUCCGUACCGGUGUCGCGGCUACCAAGCCCAAUGCUCACAAGCUCAUCCCCCGUUUCGCCAGCGAAUGGGGAGCGAGCGCCAUGACUCUCCACGGCCGCUCUCGCCAGCAGCGCUACUCCAAGCUCGCCGACUGGGCGUACGUCCGUUCGUGCGUCGACGUCCUCCGCGACACGUGCAAGGACGAGGGUCUUGCCCCCAUCCCCAUCUUUGGCAACGGCGACUGCUUCUCGGCCCAGAGCUACUACGAGGAGAAGGAGCGUUCGGGUGUCGACGGCGUCAUGGUCGCGCGCGGUGCGCUCAUCAAGCCCUGGAUCUUCACCGAGAUUGCUGAGCGUCGCGAGUGGGACAUUACCGCCACCGAGCGUCUCGAGGGUAUCCGCAAGUUUGCCGAGUACGGCCUGUCGCACUGGGGUUCCGACACGAUGGGCUACCGCGGCCGUAACGAGCUCGAGACGCUCCUGUCCAGCUCCAACGUCACCGACUGGGUCAAGAUUUCGGAAAUGUUCCUGGGCCCCGUCGACGCCAGCUUCAACUUUACCCCCAAGCACAAGAGCAGCGCCCACGGCGAGGAGGCGCAGGGAUAG